AUGGCUGCCGCCCGGGCGGAUAAUAGCAAAAAACAAGAUGACAAGAGCAUCAAGUCAAUACAACAUGCAAAACCAGCCUUGCCGCCACAGCGCUAUCCGAUAAUUCUGCUAAAUGGCAAGAAACAACCUACUAAUGCACUGUCACAAUCAACCUCGGUCUCUUUGUCAUCGCGUCAGAAUGUGCUGCAUCGGCUGGGUUCAUUGCAGCCUCGGCUCCUCCAACAGGAGCCAGAAGCACAAUUGCCUGUCUCUGCUGGUCCAACGAUGAAGCCCUCUUCUGCCUUGGUCAGCCCAACGACGGCCCCAGGCCACCGGGCCUUGGUACCAUCAAUAUCCGUCUGUAACGCUGCACCGGUGAUAAUUAACUCCGAGAGCUUACGUCGGACGGUGUACACUACGCUACCUCCCGCAACGUUACACAGCAGUAACCUCAACACCAGCACUGGCACCUCUGUUGAUGGAGUUAAUUCUAUAGUCAGUUUCGCGGAUAAACCUGCGGUUACGAUUCCUGUACCCUCAACAACCGAUGGUCUCAUUUCGGUUGUGCGGCCAACUUCUGGUGGAACUGUUGUACCUCCCGUCUCAAGUACCCCUAAUGCAAACUCCUUUAGUAAGCAACCAAACACUGCAACAAAUGAAGUAAAACUAUCACUGGUUGCCAAACUGCCAAUCAAAAACGGAGAAACAAUGAAUUCUAGUACCAAACGAACCAUCAAUGGCUUACAAUCGGUAACUAUUGCUAACAGACCGAAUGGUGUCACUGCACAGGCUUCCAUACAGUAUAAUAAUGCUCCAGGAUGGCGGCGUAUCUUGCGUAACAAAGUUAUAGUUUAUAUAAGCCCUUCAAAUGCCGUACUUCAUAAUUUUGAUCAAGUAAAGGAGUAUCUGCUUACUGCCGGUACGUGCAAAUGUGGUUUGCCCUGCCCGUUCUAUCCGGAAGUAUUUUUCCAAUUCGAUGCUGAGAUUCCGAACCUCUCGAUGCCUCCCAGAAGUAAACAAGUAGAAUCGUGCACGCAUUUGAAAGCGAUGGUUACUGGAUCGGAAAGGACAAAAAGAGUGCACACGGAGACUAUAGCAAAUAACGUACAACGAAUAGCUUGUGGUUCCGUCCAUCGUGCACAGAGUGCAAUUUUGCUGAAGACACCUCCUUGGCGUAAGAAUAUUCCCAUUGGGAAAAUAUCCUCAUCUGGUUCCACGCUACUGCCCACAGCUAUCAACCAAUCGUUUCCAGCAAAAAUAGUAUCAGCAAGUGAUACUAGCCUCAAUACACCCGUUCAAGAUCGGCUCGAUUCGUUAGUUACAAAAGUUACGUGUACGCCAAAGAGCGACAGUACAAGCACGUCUUACGCCGUUGGCACCGCAGGACAUGAUGCUUCAGACAAGCAACCACCAUUAAAGGACCCUGUUGCAAUGGUAGAGAGUGACAAAAUUGACUGCAAAUCUAGAACAAUACCGACGCAGAAGAAAAAACCAACGUUCAAAGAUGACCCUACGGGCUACUUGAACCAACAAACAGCCAUUUUGCACAAUUCCAUUUCUAUACUUCACUCACCCGAUCGACGAUCCCCAUUGACGUUGAGUGAAUUAAGUCCCAAGGCAACCAUAUCAAGCUCCGACACACAAAAGCCCGUCCAAAAUAACAUCUCUGAGAGCAGGGAAAUAACAACCACCAAGAUGGCAGCAUCCAACCCGUCGAAAGAUGAUCACACGUGUACACGCCGUCAACGAACGGUUAAUCGAAUUUUGCCAAAAAUUCGUUUGCAACAAACACAAUUAACGGGGCCAACAAAACCUCUUCCGAGCGUACUGAGAUUCGAAGCAGAAAGCACUAGUUUUAACAAUCAAGCCUUGGCCAUCACUAACAGUAUUACAAGUAAGAGAGUAACGGAUCGAAACAAGACGUUACCGAUUACCAGAAUAACCAGUCAGAAUGAAAAUAGUAAGAUGACAUACUUCGUACAUGCUAAUAGUACUCGGCCGACGCCAAUAGAACAUUGUUCUUCGGCAAAAGUAGCUAAAUUGAAUGUUUCGACGACUAGUGAAUCCUUGAUUUCCGUUCCAAAUUCGUACCCAAUGACAAGUACGACAACGACCACAACUAUCGCUAGAACGAAUCCCACAACAACGGCUACAGCAACAAUGCUCGUUUCAUCACGUUCUACACAGCUGAUCAAUACUGGUGGAGCGCAAAUCGUUGUAAUUGAUGGUCUACAGCAUUCGGCUAUGCCAAGCACUUCAGAGGUAAAUCGGGUUCGAAUUACAGGGUUCCAUCCUUCACGACAACAGGCGACAAGUGCACAGAUUCAACAGCAACAAAAACAGCAACUGCAGCAUGAGAUCCAACCGAAAGAACCCCAUCAGUCCCAGCAACAACCGAACAUCAUUAACUACAACCUGCCACGUGGACCGAAUAACACAACUGGACCAUUAUCUAACCCAACAGUAUCGACGAUGACUUCUGCCGCGAUGGUUAUUAACGGCGCCAAUAUCAUUCAUCUCAGUAACGGUCUGCAGUCUAGUAACACAGCUACCAGACAGCUGUUGUCCACCUACGGUGGGGUGUUAACAUCUAAUUCGUCAUGCCCGACUAGCUCCAAUCAGUGCCUGUCUCAAAACACAUCAGCGCUCGGUUCCACCAAAACACCUCUCACUCUAACAAAUGGUUCACUUGGCCUAGCAUCUGGCCCAACGGUCGUACUCAAUCCUACUACGAGCAUUCGAUUUACUGAUAGCUCCAACCUAAAUACAUCUGGUACUUUUACUACAUCGACGGUACCGUCCGGCUUUGAUAAGCUUAGCUGUGGGCCAGAAAGUGUGCGUCCGAUCAUCGACAAUUUCCAAUACCCUCCAUGUUCUACUUCGAGCACAAAUGGAUCGAAUCUAGCUACCAUUGAAGGAAGGAAGAUAAAAAAACAAAUGAAGAAUGUACUCAGUGACGGCACUAUGGGCACGACUACAGGAAUUAGUAGUGGCAUCGUGUUACCACCUUCUUCGAUCACGGCCUUGAACCAACCUCAAUCAGCGUUUCAACAGCAAUUACAUACUCCUUUUGUGCAGAUUGCCGCCCCGUAUGGUGGCCUUCAGAAUAUUCAGCUCGCCUCAAAUCUAUCUGGAAUAACCGUAGUCCCCGUAACUAAAUCGGCACCAAUUGUGCUACCAUCGCCAACUUCUAGCCAGCAUACGCAACCACAGCAACAUCAACAGCAACAACAUCAACAACCAUAUAACCUGCUCGGACAGACUCAAACGAUUCUCUUGCCAGCCGGCAGUAUGGUAAUGACAUCGGAUGCAACUUCGCCCACAACAACCUUACUCCAAAUACAAAACAUGGGAGCAUGCACUAGCAGCGCAUCGCUUCUUACCAACCAAUCAGGAAUCGUAUUACGACAUCCUAAACCUACUCCAACCAGUUUCCUUUCGACGGUGGGCUCGCAAUCCUUUCUAAUAGGAGCAAAUAGUGGUUCCAGUACUGCCCGCUCCGUAAGCAUGGGGCAGCGACAGCUGACCGCAACAAGUGGAGCUACACUUUUUGGAACUAGUGCAACAGCCCCCCUAGGUAUAGUUACCGCCCAGUCUCUCACAGUUGGUAGUAUCUCAAUUCAGCAAGCAGAGCUAUCAUUGACACCCUCAUCUGCUAAUAGCACUGUUGUCAAACAACCAGAUAUAUCAGCUAAGAUUAUCGAUGCUAGCAAGCAAAUCGAUAUGAGUCAAAAUCAAACAUGUGGCAAAGUGCUACUGCAUUGUGAUGUAACAUCUCAAGAUUUAUCGGGAAGCUCUGGUGAUAAUAAUUAUGGAAGUAUUGAUGCAAAAAUCCGAAACUGUAGUUCCACCAGAGAUGCAGAUCGUAAACCUGCAGUUUACAAUGUCAAAAAUAGUAUGCGCUUAGCCUGUUCUACAUCCGAUGUGCCAGCGGUUACCGCAAUAGAAUCAGAUGACCAAAUUAAAUCAUGGCGAAAUGUUACCAAACAAGGUCGCCUACUGCUUAACUCACCAGAUCGCACAUGCAGAGAAGCACUUUCCGAAGAGCGUGUUACAGGCAUAAGUGAACGACGAGGGGUUACUUCGCAGCCCACGGACAAACAUCUCACGGCCGGUGCAGAAUGUGUCAAGUUGAACCUCACCAUACCGCAAUCAACAACCGAAGGAUCUUUGUGCCUGUUUGCAGAUCUCCCAGAUCAAUCGUAUGACACCGCGACCCCGUUGAUUCCGAAAUCUCCUGCAAAAUCCCGCAAAAGACGAUUAGCACGGAGCGAGCUUAGUGCACAGCCAAGCGCCGACACUACCGCCAACGCUGAACAGGAUGAAACUAUUGACAGUAAUCAAUGCAUUGUAUCAGGAGAGCAGACAUCACACUGGUUCCGCGUAGGUGAUCUAGUGUGGGGAGCCGUGCGUGGCUUUCCUGCCUGGCCGGGUAAAGUGCUACCAUCUCCGCCUCCGUCUCCAUCCAUCGAAAUCAACAAGCAUCUUGGCGAGUGUACUUCAUCUUCAUCGACUUCUUUGAUGGUAAAAAAAUCCGUGUCACCCACAGACGCUGCACAGCAGAAAUACGUCUGGGUGCGAUGGUUCGGUACGGGGCGCACCAACGCGGAGAGAGUCGAGGUCGCCACUUUGCAGAGCCUUUCUGAAGGUUUGGAGUCUCAUCAUCGCGCGCUAAAGGAUACUAGAAAGAGCCGUAAACUAAACUCGCAUCUAGAGUAUGCAAUUCAGCAGGCGAUGCAAGAGUUAGAUCAGACAGCGACCACAUCUGGUCUCAACCGCCGAGGAUCCACUGUCAGUAAACAACAGCGGCGGCGUAGGCGACGCAAACCGGGCAAACACCGCACAUCCAGUGCUAGCAGUAUGUGCAAUAAAAGAACCGCUAGUGUUCGCUAUUUGCGUGGCAACAAAUUUAAAGCCAAAUCGUGA